AUGACACUUGUAUAAUAUAAAGAAUUCUGUAAUUUUUCUCCCUCUUAAAUUUUCGUCAUUGUUUAUUUUUAGUUGGUUAUAUAAACUUGUUUAUUUUUUAUUUUCCUGUAAAUACGGAGUAAAUCGAGGUGUCAUACUUCUUUUCCCAUCAAAUGCAGAUCCUUUGAACUUGAUGUGGUACUGUUAGUUCUUUAAAAAUGUCUGAUAAACCAGUCGUAGCUAGUGGCAAUCAGCCGAUAGUUAAAAUCGGACAUUAUACGUUGGGUACCACAUUAGGAGUGGGCACAUUUGGUAAGGUGAAGAUAGGAGAACACCAACUCACUAAACACAAGGUCGCUGUGAAAAUCCUCAACAGACAGAAAAUAAAGUCUUUAGAUGUUGUUGGGAAAAUCAGACGUGAGAUACAGAACCUUAAACUGUUUAGACAUCCACACAUCAUCAAAUUGUACCAGGUUAUAUCAACACCGACGGAUAUAUUUAUGAUUAUGGAAUAUGUAUCUGGUGGUGAACUAUUUGAUUAUAUCGUCAAAAGAGGAAAACUGCAAGAGCAUGAAGCGAGAAGGUUCUUCCAGCAAAUCAUCUCAGGUGUUGACUACUGUCACCGCCACAUGAUAGUUCACAGAGACCUCAAACCAGAAAACCUGCUAUUGGAUCACAAUAUGCAUGUCAAGAUUGCUGACUUUGGGUUGUCGAACAUGAUGAUGGACGGAGAGUUUCUGAGAACCUCUUGUGGUUCACCCAACUAUGCCGCUCCAGAAGUGAUAUCAGGAAAGUUGUAUGCCGGUCCAGAGGUAGAUGUUUGGUCUUGCGGCGUUAUUCUAUACGCGCUGCUGUGUGGGACGUUGCCAUUUGAUGAUGAGCAUGUACCGACCUUGUUCAGGAAAAUCAAAUCUGGCAUAUUCCCUAUCCCGGAGUACUUGAACAAGACGGUAGUGAGCCUGCUGUGUAAUAUGCUGCAAGUGGAUCCAAUGAAGAGGGCGACCAUCGAAGAUGUGAAGAAGCACGAAUGGUUCCAGAAGGAUCUACCUGGUUAUUUAUUCCCCUCGCCCGUGGAGCAGGUGGACAGCAGCGUCAUAGACACGGAGGCUAUCUCGGAGGUGUGCGACAAGUUCGGUGUGAAGGAGCACGAGGUCCACGCGGCCUUACUGUCGGGUGACCCACACGAUCAGCUGGCUAUAGCGUACCACCUCGUCAUAGAUAACAAGAGGAUCGCUGACGAGGCCGCCAAGGCUGAGAUUAAGGACUUCUAUGUGGCCAGUGAGCUAGUGUGUUUAGACAGUUCUCCCCCGGCGGUAACAGAGAGCGGGCGUCCACACCCUGAGAGGAUCGCGCCCUUGAGGGACAAGCCUUCACCCGCCCCAGCCGCAGACAAGAGAGGCACUCCAGUUAAGAGGGCUAAAUGGCAUUUGGGCAUCAGAUCCCAGAGCAAACCCAACGACAUCAUGCUGGAAGUGUUCAGAGCUAUGAAGGCGCUGGAUUAUGAAUGGAAGGUCAUCAAUCCGUAUCAUGUCAGGGUGAGGACGAUGAACAAAAUGACCCAGAAGUAUGUGAAGAUGUCACUCCAGUUGUACCAGGUGGACUACAAGUCAUACUUGCUAGACUUCAAGUCGCUGUCAGGGGAGCGCGAGGAGUCCGAGGGGGAUGUGUCUCCGCCCCCAGCGUCCCCCGUCCCAGCUCCCAUACCUCACCAGCACCACGGACACCAUACCAUGGAGUUCUUUGAGAUGUGUGCCGCACUCAUCAUACAACUGGCACGGUAGAGUAGAACUUGCAUGGGGUCUAUGUUCAUAGUUACUGUUGUCAACAUUAUUUGAUUAUUGCACAUUGAAACUUUACAAGUAUAACACAUUGUUAUGGCAAUUAGAAUGAAUGGUCUGGUUAUGAUCCAGGUUUCUGAAUGGAAUAUAUAAGAGCUAGUUGAGUUUGUGAGACAGUCGCUACAUCUAGUGCUAGUGUUGUACUUGUUUAGAAUAAUUUUCAAAUAUCAAAUAAUCUGAUAUCCGGAUGUUAGUGUUGUGUACGAGACCCUCAGUUUAUAUAGAUGCAUACAUUUAAAUAAUAUAGUGCUCUCACAUGGAUCACUUUUAUUAAAUAUUACUGUAGAUUUUCGUCUUUAUAUUGGGCUAUGUGGGAUAUUUAAAUGGUUUAGAACUAGUAUAUCGAUAUAAAUAAAUAAUAAAAAAGUAUCAUCAUUUUAACCUUAAACAUCGAGUUAACUAAUUAUAUGCACUAUGUCAUUUACUUAAACAUUAUAUAUCGCUCGUAAGGUUUCGUGUUAGCUUAUUUUAAGUGCGAUCUGCGUGAAUUCACUUGUAUGAACCCAUUUAUACUUUUUCGGUGACGGUUUUUAUGUAUGAAGAUCCUACAGCAAUAUGUCACAUUUGGCACAUAAAAAAUGUCAUAUCAAAUAUUAUUCUCUGAUAAUGUGAAGAUAAAAGUUAAUUUUAAAUUAAAGCAAUAAUAGGAGACAGCGAAACUUCUCGGAUGUAACUUAAGCGAAUUAAAUAAAUGUACCUUUUUUAAAUAACAACUUAAUAACGUAAAUGCCUUAUAAAAAUAAUUUAUUUUAAAUGUAUUUAUUAUUAAUAAAGUUCCAUUUAGAUUAAUGUUACGUUCUUUUCUUAAUUUGUGUAUAAUAUUAUUGGAUUGUUAAUUACGUGUCAUGAAACCGAAAAUUAUUUCGUACAUAUUAUUGUAGAAUGUAUAGGAGGCAAGAGAAAGACUCUUGCAUACAUCGCAUGUGGUAGUACGAAAUAAUAAAUAAAGCAAUUAUUAUUCUAAACCUAAAUAAUAUCCAACCUUAUUAUUUAUGACAACAAAACUUUCACAGACAUGAUAAUACUAAUAACUGUGUUACCAUUAGUACAAUUGGCGCGAAAAUUGACAGCUUGGCGACAUUUUGUAUAUACUAUCGACGGUUGUUCAGGAUUUAGUAACGACUAACAGUAUUAAAAUUAUCGUUAAUAAACAUUGUAUAUCUACUAUGAGACAUAUUAAAAUAAAAGCUAUAAGAAUUAGAUCAACAUAAGACUCGUUCCAUUAAAAUUAAUUCGCGGUUAAACAAAAUGGAUCUGAUCAUUUUAUUAAUGUUGAUUACGAUGUUUAUUUUCGAUAUAGAUGCUACUUUUAAGUGUUUUGCUUACCGUUGACUAUUUGCGAUUCAAAUUCCGUGUGAAAAGUUUAUACUUUUUAGUUUAUUGUGUAAAUAUCAGUUUAAUGGAUAUCAAAACAACUAAGACCCCUGUUCAAGAGUCCAAGAUAUAUAAACGGUUUGAUAUUACGGUUUCGUGACAACUAUAACUAAAUAUGCCCUUAUGUGUGUGAAAUGUGAUUUUAAUAUUAACGUGUAUAAUUCCCAGUGUCACUGUUUGUAUUAUUUUUCAUUAAGGGAUUUAAAAUUUCUUAUGUAAUCAUUGUAAUGUAUAUAUUGAAAGAAUUAAUGAAAUCAAUCAUGGAUACACAAGUGCUGUCUAACCAAAGAUAUAUUAGUGCCUUUGUAUCGUAGAAACAUUGAUUUAUGUAAGGGGGUAUAUAAAAUGAGUAAUAACUUGUACGCAAUAAACAUAUACACCCCAAGACAGCGGAGCUGAUACUUAUAUAUUUGGCAUUCGAGCUACUAUGUUGUAUUUAUUCUUAUUAAGUUUGGUGAAGCAUUUCCCGCACUCAACUCCUAAGGAUACAUGUACAAAAUUAUUUACAGCUUUAAGACAUUGGAUGUAAAUUUUGAUUCAAAUAAAUUCCUACAUUAAAUAUCGUAGAGUAGAA